CUCUCUACGUGAAAAAAUGGCGGUUUUAUUUACUCACUCUUCGCCGCUUUCCUUCUCUCCCUAAAACAACAAAAUUGUCGUUCUCUCUCUGCAAUUUUCUGAUCCUCAAUUUCGAUCUCUCAAAAGUAAUAAAUCCCUAAAAUCGAAUCCUUUUUUAAAAAAAUAAAAAUUUAUAUUCGCAAAUUUCUAAUCCUCAAAAGUAAUACUCUAUCUAAUUCCCACUCUUUUCCCAAUCUAUCGGAGAUAAAUGGGAAUUUAGGUUUUCUCAGUGAGAAAUUUAGGGCUUGAUGAUUCCUUCUAUGGAAGGAGGGUAUCAAUUGGUUUGGUUUAUACAGUUUUUUAGAUAUUUACAUGGAAGAAAUUUCUUCUAAACUCCUUCUAUCUCAUGUGUAAUCAAGGAUUCGGAUUGUCAUCAUCGUCAACAACAGCAACGACAUCCGAGACGCUAAUGGAUACUCCUUCGAAUAUAACACCUUCAUCACCAGAAGAACAACAGAAACUGAAGAUGUUAUGUAGUUUUGGUGGAAGUAUAUUACCAAGACCGCAAGAUGGUAAAUUAAGAUACGUAGGAGGGGAAACAAGAAUUGUAAGUUUAAAUAGAGAUAUAAGUUAUGAAGAAUUAUUGUUAAAAAUGAAAGAUUUCUUCGAAUUAGCUAAUUUAAUCAAGUAUCAACAACCAGAUGAAGAUCUUGAUGCUUUAGUAUCAGUUGUUAAUGAUGAUGAUGUUACUAAUAUGAUGGAGGAAUAUGAUAAACUUGGUUCUGGUGAUGGCUUUACUCGUCUGAGGAUAUUUCUAUUCAAUUCUACUGCUAUUACUGAUAAUAAUCACCAUCAUCAGUUUAAUGAUUCUUUAUCUGCUUCCUUAGCUCAUUUUGAAACAACAGGGUCUACAGUUGAUGAUAGAGGAGAGACCGAAAGAAGGUACGUUGAUGCCUUAAAUAGUUUAAAUGAUAGUCCUGAGCAUCAUCAGUUUAGAAGACAACAAUCACCUGAUUCACCACCAGCCCCACCACCACCGCCUCUUGUUGUUGGUAACAUUCACGAUCAGUAUUUUAAUCAAGUCAAUUUGGAUUUUGGAAUUCAUAGUAACAAUAAUAAUCAGCAGAGGAAUUGUGAAGUUAAUUCGUUACAAUUUAAUAACUUAAGACAACUUACGAUUCCUCGGCAAGGACAACAACAGCUUGAGACUCCGUGGAGUCCUGGUUAUUUUUCUCCAAGGUAUCCUGGUUCUCCGUCGUCUAGUCGUUAUCGAAUGCAAUAUGGAGAAGUGUUACCAGAACAACAGAUGGGUCCUCCACAAUAUGAACAACACCAAUCUCCAUUCCUUGAAAAUGUUGUGUGGCUUCCGCCAGGAGCUGUACCAGUUGACAAGGGUGGUUUUCCAGGGAAUUUGAGCAGUGCCCAAAGUGUUACGGACGGGGGACAUAGUAGUAUCUGUGAUAAUUGCAGAGUGACUUUUCAAAGGGGGCAGAAUUUGCCUGAAUCUGCUCGUUAUACUGAUUCACGCUGGAAGCAACAACCACAUAUGGAACCACCACCAAGUAUGGGAAAUGAAUAUCAUCAGUUUGCCAAUCCUUGUGUCCAGUGUACACAUAGUAGGGAGGGUUAUGUAAUUAAUUCUGACGGAAGGUUGGAUCAUGGGGUUUACCCUAGAGAGCACAAUGAUCCACAGUCUUUCUAUAACGAUGCUCACAGUCACGAGAGAGGAUGGGCAAUGCACCACCAAAUGAGUAAUUGUGGAGACGAACCAAGAGCACAUAUAUCUGGAGCUGGAAGGAUGAAUGAACACUAUCUUGUAGAUGGUUCUGGUAUGAAUCUCCCUCCCUUACAUGGUAAUAGUGGUGAUGGACAUCAGAUGCCUUCCACUUGUGUCAGCCACGAAGAUCCACGGUACAUUCGAGUAGGACCAGAAUUGGGGAACGAGGGGUUUCAUGAACAGUCUCUGAGCGGUGUUAGGCCUCAAAUUCAUAUUCCCACCCCUGAAGAUCGUGGGGUCAGGUACGGGAACGUACCUGCUGUUUAUGGAGCUGAUAAUCUUUAUCAAGUAUCACAUGCACCUGCACCAGUUCCAGUGCCGGCACCAGUGCUCGCAUCUUCACCAGCACCAGCUUUGUGGAUAAAGGUGCGGAACCCGAUGCAUAGUGUAUCAUCUUAUGAAGCCCUGAAUAUGUUACCGCAAGGCAAUGGCUCGGGAUAUGUAAGGGGUGUGCAGGAGAGCAGUCCUAGCUUUCAUAAUGGGUUGGACAGUCCAAACCCUUGGGCUGGGAAUCAACAGCAGACAUUUGGUUUUGAUGGAUCUGCAGCCCCACCUGCAGAAUUUGUCCAUGGCUAUGCUUCAAAGUUGAAUAUGAACACAAUUGGUCAAGAUAAUCUACAUCCAUUUACUGCUGACCUUGUUUGUCCUGCACCUGAUAGGUUGGAGUUAGCUAAUCCAGCCGAACCUGUUCUCCAGGUGUAUUCUCCUCCAGUUGCAAGUGAAGGGAGAAUUCUUUCUGCAACUGUUUCAACGCAUAGCCGUUGUCUCCCAAAUGUUACUGGUACUUCUGGACCAAUAUCUCCAGAGGAGAAAAACUCUCCUGAAGGGGGUCCUGGAAUGACCUCUUUCGUCGAAAACUUGGAUACUCAAAAUAACUCUUCUCCUGGCAGAAGUGACGUGAAUACGAAAGGAGAGGCAGGUUUGGAUUCAAAGGAUCUGUUGACUUCUACGCUAGAGAGUGUCGAGAAUAUGAAACUUGGCGAAACUUAUGACUCCAAUCCAAUUGAUCCCAAAGAGCUCUCUAUUAAACGUUUGAGUUUUUUACCUGAGUUGAUUGCAUCAGUGAAAAAGGCUGCAUUAGAAGGCGUGGAGGAGGUGAAAGCUAGAGUGGAAGGAGAAGUUGUGGGCGAUUUGGAUUCUUCAGCGAAGGAAGCGGCUUCUAAAGAACAUGAAUCUGUUAAUAUGCAUGAUGUGGAGGUUGACUCUGACAGCGAGCACAAAAACAUUUCCAAGAUUGAGCCAACAAAGGCCGAGGAAGAAGCCUUGGCUAGAGGGUUACAGACGAUAAGAAAUGAUGAUCUUGAGGAAAUUCGUGAAUUGGGUUCUGGAACAUAUGGUGCUGUUUUUCAUGGGAAAUGGAAAGGUUCCGAUGUAGCUGUCAAACGAAUAAAGGCUAGUUGCUUUGCAGGGAGGCCGUCUGAGAGAGAACGUUUGAUUGCUGAUUUCUGGAAGGAGGCCUUGAUUCUCAGUUCAUUGCAUCAUCCGAACGUUGUUUCGUUUUAUGGUAUAGUUCGUGACGGUCCCGACGGAUCUCUAGCUACUGUAACUGAGUUCAUGAUUAAUGGAUCUUUGAAACAAUUUAUACAGAAGAAAGACAGAACUAUUGAUCGUCGCAAGAGGCUCAUUAUAGCUAUGGAUGCCGCGUUUGGGAUGGAGUACUUGCAUGCAAAGAACAUUGUUCAUUUUGAUUUGAAGUGUGAGAAUCUUCUAGUCAAUAUGAGAGAUCCUCAUAGACCAGUUUGCAAGAUUGGUGAUUUGGGCUUAUCAAAAGUAAAGCAACAAACAUUGGUGUCAGGAGGUGUUCGGGGAACGCUUCCAUGGAUGGCACCUGAACUUCUUAGUGGGAAAAGCAACAUGGUAACUGAGAAGAUUGAUGUGUACUCAUUUGGAAUCGUCAUGUGGGAAUUACUUACGGGCGAGGAACCAUAUGCGGAUAUGCAUUGUGCUUCUCUGAUUGGGGGGAUUGUUCAUAAUUCGUUGCGUCCUGAGAUUCCAUCAUGGUGUGAUCCUGAGUGGAAAGCUUUGAUGGAAACUUGUUGGGCUUCUGAACCGGGGGAGAGGCCAUCUUUCUCUGAGAUUUCUCAGAGGCUGAGGAAAAUGUCCGCUGCAAUCAACGUGAAGUGAUUCAUAUCCCGAAUCACUGAAAUCUUUGGUACAUGCCAUGUAUAUCUACCUGAUUGAUGACGAAAAAGGAAAAACAAUGUAUAUAGGUCCGCGCAGUGUCAAGGUCACUUACUAUUUUAAGAAGUACACAGGCUUAUAGUUACAAUAUAUUAUGUCUGCAGCUAAGUGUAGUAGUGUACUGCUAAGUGAUCCUUUGUACCACAGCUAUACGAGGUGUAUUUUCUCUUGCUAGAUUUUUCCAUAAAUUAUCCAACCGAGAUUGGAAUAGACAGUAGACAACUAUACACAGAGGAGAGCUCCGAAUGCUUAUAAUAGAAUGUUCCUACUGUUUCUGUUGCGAAUGGAGCAGUUGUAUAAAACUUUUAGAUGCUGGUGAUUUCUAUCUACCGAUUGGCGCUGUAGAAUUACUGGUAUGCAAGGUGUAAUUACAAACUUGUGGUUACAGUGUUUUGAAGUUCUAUUUUAAAUUGCAAUAAUGCAUUAGGUUAUGCAUUUAGGGUACUCUGCUUAGAACUCGGAACCCCAAAUUUUGUUAUGAUUUCCUUUCUUUUUUUUGGUCUUCUGGUAUAUGUUUAUGAAACAUAUACACAACGGAGGACAACUUAUUUUCCAUGUUGCGACUCAUUAUUUUUCAGGCAGAUGUAUAAAAGAGGAAUAAAAACGCUAAAAAACAGAAGAAAAAUACUACUAUUAUUUUGUAAGUAAUCGCAACUUUCCUCGGAGGUCCUGCCGCUGCAGGGACGCCUUCUGUGUGGUCUAGCUUUUUA